AUGUCCCUUUUUAGCCUGCCCCGUCCGGGGACAACAACCACUACCCCGCAAGCUCCCAUCGCGGCACCUUCAGAGGCCGAUUUCACCAAAACAUUCGGUCAGCUUCUCCCACCCGCCAGCUUCCUCACCACUCCACAGGGAACAGCAGCGUUUUAUGACCUCCCACCAUCGACCACUCCCUCCGCAUCAUCACCACCACCGGAUCGCGUCCUGCUCAUCCACGGAGUCCAAACCCCCGCCUUGGGCAUGUUCCCCCUGGCCCGGGCGCUGCAGACCUCAUUCCCCGGCAAGCACCUUGCUCUGGUCGACCUCUGGGGCCACGGGCUGAGCGAGACGCCCGUGCAGCCGCACGAGCCGGCGCUCUUCCACGGCCUCAUCGACGCCGUGCUCGACCGCCUCGGCUGGCCGUCCGCCCACAUCGUCGGCUACUCGUUCGGCGGCGCCCUGGCCGUCGGGUACGUCAACUCGCGGCCCGCCCGGGUGCAGAGCCUUGCCCUGGUCGCACCGGCCGGCCUGAUCCCAUCCGCGGGCGUCGGCGACGGCGUGGCAGCGCUGCGCGGGGACGACGCCGCCGCCGCCUGGGCCUGGACGCUCGACUUCCUCGAGGGCGGGGAGCUGGUCGUGCCGCCGGACUGGAGGGAGCGGGUGGCGCGGGGCGAGGUCGUCGCGCCCGCGAUCAAGGAGUGGCAGAUGCGCGAGCACGCCGGGCACAAGGCGGCCGUGGUGGCCAUUGUGCGCGACGGUCGGAUCAUGGACGACGACGAGGCGUUUGUGAGGGCGGCCAAGAGUGGCGUGCCUGCCGUUGGGGUCGUCGGGGAGCUGGACGGGGUUUGCAGCGGGGACCAGCUGCGGGCUGUGGGUUUUGCUGAUGUUGUUGUCGUCCCCGAGGCCGGUCACGGAGUGGUGCGUGACAAUGCGGCAGAGGUUGCAGCGGCGAUUGGUGCAUUUUGGAAGGGGUUGUCUUCGAAAACGUCAUAG